CAGCCGCACGACAUGCCGCCCGCUAAUCUCCGACACUGAUCGUCGCCCGCAACCUCGCCCGCAGGGUGGAAUAUUUGUUCUUUGAAGUACUGGCAGCACCAACAAAGCAUGCUUACACAAGACUGAAGAAAAAGGUGCAUGAAUUCCUAACAGGUGAUACCAUUCAUCGUUCCAUUUACCGUCAUGGGUAAUAAAGUGGUAAGGGAUAACUUUGAGUGGGUGUAUUCAGACCAACCGCACUCAGACAGAAGGAAAGAGAUUUUGGCUAAAUAUCCACAGAUCAAGAAUUUGAUGGGACCAGACCCACAGCUUAAAUGGACUGUCUCCUGCAUGGUAGCUGUUCAGAUACUUUGCUGUUAUCUUGUCUGUGAUGUCUCUUGGAAAUGGCUUCUUUUCUGGUCCUAUGCAUUUGGAGGGGUGAUCAAUCAUUCAUUGACUCUUGCCAUCCAUGACAUUUCUCACAAUGUUGCUUUUGGUAACAAGUCAGCACGUUAUAAUCGUUUCUUUGGGAUGUUUGCUAACCUUCCCAUUGGAGUGCCUUACUCAACAUCCUUCAAGAAAUACCACAUUGACCACCACCGAUAUCUCGGGGGAGAUGGCUUGGACGUGGACAUCCCUACAGAUUUUGAGGGGCGCUUCUUCUGUACUCCUACACGCAAGAUUAUUUGGAUCAUUAUACAACCACUUCUUUAUGUCUUAAGACCACUAUAUGUUAAUCCUAAACCCAUUACACAUAUGGAGGUUAUCAAUGCACUAGUUCAGUUUUCCUUUGAUUUGGCCAUAUACUCAUUGUGGGGAUUGAAGCCUAUUGUGUACUUACUAGCUGGAUCCCUACUGUCCAUGGGUUUCCAUCCAAUAUCUGGACAUUUUAUUGCUGAGCACUACAUGUUUUUAAAAGGUUAUGAAACCUAUUCUUACUAUGGACCUCUCAACCUGUUAACCUUCAAUGUUGGCUACCACAUGGAACAUCAUGACUUUCCAAGUAUACCUGGCAGCAAACUUCCAGAGGUGCGUAAAAUUGCUGCUGAAUACUAUGACACCCUGCCUUACCAUACGUCGUGGGGGCGCGUACUUUGGGAUUUUAUAUUCUGCAAGGAACUUGGUCCUUUCUCCCGGGUGAAGAGGGAAUGUGAGCUGGCCAAGAAGGACUGAAACUCAAAAGAUGAUGAUUUUAUUUAUUUCUUUGUCAAUGCAAAUACUAGAUGUAUUAAUUUUUAUAGAAGAGAAGUGUUUUAGAGAAAAAUAAUUUGAUGACCUAAAGAUUUAGGGCUUUGUGUGUUUCCCAUUCGGAGCCUCUGAUAUCUCACUGCAAAUAUGUCCCCCCUGUUAUAUUGUCCCCUCAAAUUUAGGAGGCCAUGAAGGAAUCAGCGAUGGGUAAUAAACUUAAAUUCAAUAUGUUUAAAGUGCACCGGCCAACUUCUCACAGGACAGGCAGAGCUUUUAUGACCUAAGCUAGAGGACCACUGAUGUCCGCUCUUCAUUUCAGAAAAUAUCUGCCUCCAUUUUCUUGUGGCCAUUAAGUCCUAUCAUCAGUAAUGUUAAGAAGAAUGCUGUAGUAACUACACCUAAUUAUGACGUGACGACACACUGAAUGUAGUGUAGUGUUGGUAUUUGGUUACAAACAAGAUGGUGUUUUCUAUGUGGAAUUUAAUAUUAAAAUGUGCUACUAACAUCAA